CCUAACGCAAUUUGUAUUUGUCAACACCAGCACAAAUUUGGUUUUCGAUUUUUCGGUUUUCUACAAAACUACAGGAGCAGAGAGGGUUGUUUGCAGUGCAUCCAUCAAGAUCCAAGCUCUAGUCCCAACAACUCUGAAUUUGUCAUCUGUACAUUUGUAAAAUAGGAUAGGAUUCACACCAUUGUUCUCCUGAUACUGGAAUGGCAAGCUUUGGUGAUGAUGUUAAACCUGAUGACAUAGACCAAGCCCUGCAGAUUGCUGAGCUGCGGCCGAGGAAUUACCCAGCAGCCCAAAAGGCUGGCUGUGAGACCUGGUCAACCGCCUGGUCUCCUCAUGGUAACCUGUUUGCCUGGUCAUGUGGGACCAGAAUUGUGAAAAUUGUACCAUGGUACAAAAUAAAAUACAACAGAGAUGUUGAUGAUGACAACAAUGGUUUCAUUAACAAUCAUGGCUUCAGCCAUCGUACAAAUUCAGAGACGAACCCAACCGGCCGGGACUCCCUGAGGAAAACCAUAACCAUUGAUGCCGGCGAAUUGAUAUGGGCUCUUGCAUUUGGAUCUUCCACAGCUGAGAUGAGGCCCCAAUCUGUGAAUCUCAAUAUAAAACAUUUCUUCUCUUGUAAAGGUCUAAUACUCGCAACUGGAUUAAACAGUGGCAGGAUUCGAACAUGGGAUGUGGCAACAGGUAAACUGAUGCUUGAACUUAUUGACCAUCGUGAGGUCAUCAGAGAUCUGAAAUUCGCUCCGGACGGCAGCUUAUUAUUAGUGUCCGGUAGUCGAGAUGGCACGCUCAAAGUUUGGGAUAUUCACGAUGAUGGGAAUAUGACAAAGACUAUGCGGGGUAUAUCAAAAUGGGUGUACGCUUGCGCAUGGUCUCCUGAUGCCAAGCUUCUCGCCAGCGUGGGAACACAAAAAACAGUAUUAAUUUGGAAUAUGUCCAGUUAUCAGAUUGAACGUAAACUUGACGGCCACUUCCACGACGUUGUCAGCUGUGAUUUCUCACCAGAUGGGGCUCUCCUUGCUACAUCUUCCUAUGACACACGGGUCAUCAUCUGGGAUCCUUAUACCGGUGAAAAACUAAAAACACUCUGUCAUCUCUUCCCUCCACCUCACUUCAUGCUGGCUGGUGGCGCCAAUGGCACUUACGUACGAUCUGUUUCCUUCUCGCAUGACGGGACCCACGUUGCUACCAUUGCUGAUGAUUCCUAUGUGAGGUUCUGGCACGUCUUCAAUGACCACAACCCGGAGCAGAUCGCUGCUGCUCCUAAUGCCUUGACUUGUUCUUUCUCACCAGAUGGCAGUGUCUUAGCUGUUGGGACCAGGAAUGGAAGCGUGUCAUUCUGGGGUGCACCAAUGAGAUGCGAGACGCUUCAGGACCUGUGCCGUAUGGCAUUACGCCGCGUCACACGGUCGCCAGUCAUCAGUAAACUUCCAUUGCCACUGAGGCUGAAAGAGUUCUUAGAAUACAAGAGGUUUCAAUUCUGAAAGAUGUUUGAAUUCAAAAACUGCAGAAUUGAAUUUUCCUGGUACUAGCAUGGCCAUGUCAAAACCACAACACUUUUCAUUUCUUACCACUUAUGAUUUUGAUCGAAAUUGGUCCUAAAGGAAUGAUUUUGAUCAAAAUUGGUCCGAUUGUAAUGAUUUUGAUCAAAUUUGGUCCUAUUGCAAUGAUUUUGAUAUAUUUGUCCAAUAUUGUAAUGAUUUUGAUCAAAAUUGGUCCUAUUUCACCGGGAUAGAUUUGGUACUGAUUUUAUCCUGGUACUGGGCAUAGGUCCUAAUGAAUUACGACAGGAGCAUGGUUUAUUUGUUAUAAUUUGCUCGGCAGGACUGCAGCUGUGUGUCUUAGGCUCUAAACAGCUGAAUAUUAGGAGAGUGCCCUUCUCUACUCUAAUGCCAGAAGUCCAGGAGUUCUAAUCAGUGCUAGCGUACAGUAUUAUCUACCGUAAUAUUAAACACCACAUCGAAAAACCCAACAAUAUUUUUUGUUAUAGAUCCAAAUACAGGAUCACCAGCUUGGUUUAAUCUAGUCCAAAUGUUCUGUAAUCACAAGCUAUUUUCAAAAAAUUGAUGUUCUUCAAAUUUCCGUCUGUACUCUACUAUAAUUCUUCAACAGGAAAUGGUUUGAUUAUUGUUGAUCGUCUUGGUUGCCAUUGUCAUCUGUGAACUUGUUGAAAGUGAACAGUGAUGACUGUAAGAUCAUAACCAUGGAAACUGACGAUUAGUCCCGAAAAUGAAAAGAGGCUUAUUCAUUUUCGGACUUGCCGGCCAUUAACUGCAAUGGGGGCCUACAGCUUUCAUAUGCCUUUGACGACAUCUUGAACAAUAGAAUUCCCCUGCGAAAUUCAGACGGUCGAAAAUUUUUCAUAACAUUGAUGUUUGGAAGUAUUGCUUAUAACUGUUUGUAUGCACAAGUGUAUAUCAGGUGUGAAAUAGCACUUUCGUUUAUUGCAUUUGAUGAAUCUUCACAUUCAGGACAAGUUUUCAGAAAGUUUUAAGCUACCUCACUGUUUGAAUUGUCGACCAACAACAUCACUUUCGUCUUCAUUUCCUGGAAAUUCUGAAUCAACUGACUCUGAGGGCAUGUUGGUCGAGCAGUUGGAUUAUGAAUUCCUACAUUACAUAUUUUUCAUCUUAAUCAGCUGCUGCGGUGUAAAAUAAUGUUACUUCGUUUAACUCUUUCACUGGCACUGCCAAUAACGUUUUAAAACGUUAUUGAAAAUAGGUCUCUAAAUUGCCAAUAACGUUUCAAAACGUUAUCUCAGUGUUUUCAUCUACCCAUCAAAAGUAAACCAAACUAUUGAUUCUACGUUGAUUUAAACCUCCCGCCAUGUCUUCGGAAGUGUUCUCGGAAGCAUUCGGCUCAAUCUCGUCCCCAGGAAGUCGGUAUUUCGAGUCAGGUGAAGUGGUGAAGAAAGACCAAUUUGAGAUCAAUUUGCGUGAUCAGCCUGAUUCUGAUGGUGAUAAUGACCAGGCAGUUGGGGGUAUAAUGAUAAAAGUAGUAGUGACAAUGACUCAGGUGAUGGUGGGCAGGGGGCGCAGCCUGCUGCAGGUGGGAAUCAAGCUGGCCGAGGGCGUGGUCGAGGGCACCAAAGAGGGCCCCCAGCUCCUGCUACAAAAAAGUGGUAAAAAUGGCAAAAAUGCUGGCAAGAUGGGGGAAUAACUUUAAAAUAUGGCUGGCAGUGAAAGAGUUAAUAUCUGCAGAAUUUUUUAGUUUGGAUAUGCUUCAUGUGGUGUGGUUAGAUUGUUGCCAGCGUUAGGUUUCCUUAGGAUGAGCUGCAAGCCAUAACCCGAUGGUUGGAGAGAUUUUUGUUGAUGUACCAUUUGUUCAUGUGUUUCAAAGUGGUUAUUUUUCGUCUUGAAUUUAAAUCACAAGAUCAAUUGUUCUAAACAAAUAUUGUCCCCAACGCUGACAUUAAAGGCCUAAUUUUGAAUUUGUAAUUGAAUUUUAAAAUGUCCAAUUGCGGGAAUACAUACUAGAUAUAAAUUUCAACAUUGCCAUUGUGUAGAUUGAUGUACAGUUAACGUGAAAACAAAGUUUCAUCAAAUUCGUAUUCAUAAUAACUGCACUACGGCAUUGUGUAUUAGUGGAUUUCUAUUUAACUGGACCACAAGUCAUUACGAACGGUGUACCCCUUUAACUGAAGGAGAUAACACCAAUUUAGGUUAACGCCAGCGUGAGUGAUAAAACUUGUUUGGUACAGCUGGGACCAGGGGUGAACGUUGGGUUCUAUUCAGUAAUGCAUGCGACCUUAAUUUCGCUUCUGCAACCAAAAAAGUCAAUGUCUUCACACACUUGUAGUUGCAACCUGAUUUUGGCUUGUGCCACCGAAAUUGUUUUUUUCUGAAAGUGAACUUUGUCACCUGAAGAUGCACGAAGGACUCUCGAUUUGUUUUUGCCAACUUUUGGCAGCGGGUUUAUUGUGUUUCAGUAACAUAUAUUGUACUUGGAAUUAAAGCAUGAGGAUACCAGUCCUUCUAUGUAAAUAUUACUUGUGUACAAUUUGACAUUGGCAGCUAAUUUGCAUAUGCUCUGAGUCUUUCCAGCUCCUUGGGUGUGUAGUGCUGUACAUUCGUAUUAUUCUGAUGCUGCAUUUUAUGUUGCUUGCCAGAGAGGUAUCGAUCCCCAAGAAGGGCGAUGAAAAUCCCAUUCUGUGUUCAUUAAGAUAUUUUACAGAGCUCUGCCUCUGCAGGCAGGUGCCAACAGGCUGCAGCUUCUUCAAUCCUCACCACUUUCAGCAAUCUGAGAAUUGAAUUUCAGGGCAUUGCAGUUGUUAUUGUUGAGUAUAAUCUGCCCAGUGACAGUUUUUAUUUCUCUGUUAUAUCUUCACACUAAUCAUGAAUGUCAGUGUAGUGUUUUUAAAAGAAUAUUGCUAAAAGCUGUUAAGCAAUUUCGUGGGCUUUUGCAGCGUGGACUCCACUGAAUGGAGAUUUUGACUGCAGGUCCAGGCCUGCCACAUGGACAGGAAAUAGCACCCUCUGCCUGAUAAAUCCAGGACACAUAUGUGCAUACCCAGCUUGGUUUUGGGGUCACUGGGUGUUGGUGCUGCCAUGUCUCAUUUGGGUCUAGGAUAACUGGUUCUGAGGCAUAGCUAAGCCUAAAGGCUUAUCACCACAUCAGUCACUGGGUGCCAUGUCUAAUUUGGGUCUGGGAUAACUGGUUCUGAGGCUUAGCUAAGCCUAAAGGCCUAUCACCACAUCAGCCUUACAUGCGGUGUAUAGGCACCAGGCUUUUAUUAAAGGGCAACAUGGGGUGAAAUAACAGUCAUGGACAUAUACGCUGCAUGAAACACUUAUGUGGAGAAAAGCCUUCAGAGCAGAACCUUCUAUUCAGUCAUAAUAUAAGAACUAACAUUUUUGUAUUAUAGUAUUUCAUUGUGAACAUGGCUUCUAGACUGAUCACAUUCCCUUCUAUAUGUAUUAUGAUGAGGUCAACUAUUUGUAUAUUAAUCAACAUGGGGCUGUGAGUUAAAACGAGAAGCUUUUCUCGAUCUGCUCAUGUGACAUAUCGGGUAUAAAAAAGAUGUCGGUUCUCAAAGAUGUCGGUUCUCAAAAAGGGUGUAAUUCAUUUGGUUGCCUUUUUUUUUCUUUGAUAAAGCCUAUUUAGACUCGGAAGCAUUCUGAAUAAAUAUAUUGUACAUGUGCAUAUAUUGUAUCUAGUCUAGUUUAACAGUAUGUGCUUGUUCUUGUGCUUAAGUUUUUUUCGUUUUUGGCUCACCGUAGGGGAGUCUAUACAACACCGCAGUGUCCGUCGUCCGUCGUCGUCCGUCGUCGUCCGUCGUCGUCGUAUCCUGUUUCAAAAACAGUGGCACGUUUCUUAACCGCUAAGCCUAUGAACUUGUAACUUUGUACACAGGACUCCCUUGGUCAGAUGACCUGUGACACUAAAUUUCGGUCCGAUCUGAUUCUUAAUUUGGCCACCAGGGGGCCGAAUGUAGAUUUCUAAAAAGUGUGAUAUCUCGCUUAUUAAUAACUUGUUUGGAAUGAAAUUUUUGUGGUAGGUACUCAUAGCAAGGGUACAUCAUAUAUCGUACGGGUUUUUAAUUUGACCUACUUUUCAAGGUCACAGAGGUCAAAUGGCGUAAAUUGGCUGUUUCAGUGUAACUAUGGCACGUUUUUCAACCUCCACAGCUAUGAACUUGAAACUUAGUACAUAUAACCCCCUAUACCAGAUAACCUCUGGUGCUGAAUUUCGGUCUGAUCUGAUUCUCAACUUGGCCACCAGGGGGCCGAAUGUGGAUACCUAAAAAGUGUGAUAAUUCGCUUAUCAAUAACUUGUUUUCAAUAAAACUUUCGUGGUGGGUACUAAUAGCAAGGAUACAUCAUAUAUCGUACGGGUUUUUAAUUUGACCUACUUUUCAAGGUUGCAGAGGUCAAAUGGCAUAAAUUGGCUGUUUCAGUGUAACUAUGGCACGUUUCUCAACCGCCACAGCUAUGAACUUGAAACUUGGUACAUAUAACCCCCUAUAUCAGAUAACGUCUUGUGCUGAAUAUCGGUCCGAUCUGAUUCUCAAUUUGGCCACCAGGGGGUCGAAUGUGGAUAUCUAAAAAGUGUGAUAUCUCGCUUGAUGACUUGUUUUCGAUAAAACUUUUGUGGUAGGUACUCAUAGCAAGGAUACAUCAUAUAUCAUAUGGGUUUUUAAUUUGACCUACUUGUCAAGGUCACAGAGGUCACAACGCAGACACAGAUAUGGCCGAAAUUGCAUGUUUCGUGUUUUUCGUGUUGUGGCAAUCCAAAGGUCGUGAGUUCAAACCCCGGUCAAGGACGGCCAAAAAUAUUUUUUUUAUUUUCGAUGAUAUUUUUAUUGCAGGGACUCUUAGCAAUCACACGAUAUUGAUCUUGUUGAUGUCAUAGACAAUUAUUGGUUGGAUCAUAAACUUAUAUAUACUGCCCUGUCUUAUUACUUGACAUCAAUACACAUCUAAAAAAAGUCUUCAUGCCUGAUUGUGUUCACCAUAUUCACCUGUAAACUAAGCAUGAUCCUGCCUACUAAAAGAUGUAUACGGUGAGCACAAUGGCCCCUGGCCGUUUCAUUGCUACACUUUAUCAUAAACUAUGAGUGCUUCUUGGAAAAGGGGAAAUUUCUAGGUUCUUUCUCUUUCCUCGACUAGUAUAUAAAUGUAAAUAAUAUAUGCAUUAAAAGCAGCUUGUUCAUAACCGGUAAAUUGUUUACACUAUUAGUUUAAAAAUUGAGUAAAUAUUUAUAUGAAUAAUAAAUAUUCA